ACUUAAUACUAUCUCUGAAACAGUCCUCUCUGUUUAACAAUUCCUUGGUCGCUAAGUUUUGAAAGGUGACAAAUCAAAGAUGCUAAGAACGACCUUGAUAUAUCUAGUAGCUCAAAACAGACAACAUAUAUAUAUAUAUAUAUACCCUACCACACCAAGAGAGUAAACCUUUUCACAAAGCUUGAGGAUAGCAAAAGCAAGAGAGUAUACCUUUUCACAAAGCUUACACAGAGAGAGGAUAGCAAAAAGGUAAUACAAAGGAGGACGUUGAACUCGCAUGAAGUCUGAGAUUGUUGACGAGUGAGUUUCAUUUUCGACAAGAAUUUGUCAUGGAUAGAAAAUCAAGAAAGAGACGUAAUGGGUGUGAUUCAAUAGAAGAAACUUUAGCAAAGUGGAAGAUUUUAAACAAUCAAUAUGAUUUUGGAAAAGAUGGAGUUGAUGUGACACGUAAAUUUCCGGCCAAGGGCUCAACAAAGGGGUGUAUGCCAGGAAAAGGCGGCCCAGAGAACUCAGGUUGCAAAUAUAGAGGUGUUAGACAGAGGACUUGGGGCAAGUGGGUGGCCGAAAUUCGGGAGCCGUUUAAAGGGGACGCUGCACGGAGAAAGAGUAGCCGGCUUUGGCUUGGUACUUUUGACAGUGCUGUUGAAGCAGCUCUUGCUUAUGAUGAAGCUGCAAAAGCUAUGUAUGGUAAUUUGGCUCGUCUAAAUUUCCCCAAGUACUGUGAGGAAUCAACGUACUCCAAUGCAUUGUCCUCAGAUACAUUUAAAAGCUCACCAAAGGAAUUAUCAGAUAGUUAUGGUGUUGGUGAGGUUAAGGAAUCAAAGAUGAAUAAUCUGUCCCCUGCAGGCAAGCUUUACCGUUCCAAAGUUGCUGUUAAGGAAUCAGAGGAGAAACAAAACUGUUCUGAGGCCUGCGUGUCAAAUGAAUCAACAGAGGAAUUGAAGGUAACACCAGAACGUUCUGACCAGUUAAAAAAAGAACGUUCUGAGGGUUGCAUACCUGGCUGUUCUCAAAAUAAUGAGACUGAGGAAUUGAAGCUAGAACACACUUUGAGACAGCCUAGAAAAGUGAAAUGUAAAUUAAGAUCUGGUGCUAACCCUUCAAAUGAUGUUAAAGUUGAAAUGUCGACAAUGAGCAAACAAAUGAAGGGAGAACUUAUAGGAGGUUUAAAAUCCAGUGGUUUCAAUGAUAAACAUAAUAAUCGAUUGCAUUAUGAGCCCAUAGAUGCAGCCUCGAAUACAAGUAUUCAUUGCAAGUUUUCUGAUGAUGCUGAAAUUGACACGAUGGAAAUGAGGGAAGAAACUAAUGGAGAAUUUGCAGAAGUAUUAAAUUCUGAUGAUGCUUUCAACGGUAUUAAUGAUUUCUUGCAUGGUUUGACCACAGAUGUGGACUGCAAUCCAAGAACUGAUAAUAUGGCGAUAAUGAGUGAUGAAAUGAUGGGAGAAUCAUCAGAAAUAUGUAAAUUCAACGACUAUAUUGAUUUCCACAAUACUUAUGAUGUAUUGCAUGAUGCACCUAUAGAUGUAAACUGCAAUCAAAUAAGUUAUUGCAAGCCUUGUAAUGUUGAAGGUGAAAUGCCGGUGAUGAAGAAACAAAUGAAGAGAGAACUUUCAGAAAUCAUGGAAUUUCCAUAUUGUAAUUUUUUCAAUGAUUAUAAUGGCUUGUAUAAGCCUUCUUAUAAUGGUGUCAAAUCUGAUAAAGCUUUGACAAGGGAAGACAUACAGGAAAAUUAUACAGAUUCCAGUUACAGUAAUGGUUUCGACAACAGGUCUCACUACCUGCAUAAUUGGUCAACAAACAGAGCUAUGGAGCCUUUGGGUGAAGGCAGCAGUGUUAAUUCUACAUUGAAACAAGAGGGAAAUUAUGAUUUUAAUCGAUUGGAGUCGGCUUCUAUAGGCUACCCACUAAGAGGAAGGCCGUCUUGUUUUUCUCGCUGUUUGCAGAACUCAGACACUUACUUGCCUGGGAGCUCAAAUCAAAAGCAAGAGUCAGAUUCUGGCGUGGACUACAAUUUGGAGCCUGAAUAUAAUUUCAGCUCAUUGGAACAGCAUACGCAGCUAGAAUCAGGAAGAGGUUACAAUUGGGAUGUUGUGAAAUCAGAUUAUGAUACUCGCUUAUUGGAAGAGCAGCAAUGUUUUGAUUUAUGGUCCUCCGAGUGGGGAUAUUAGGUACGAUAUUAGGAUGUUUUACAAGCCAGUUGUGAGAUUUGUACUCUUUCGAUGUAACUGGGUGGAUUAUGAAAAAGAGAUUCAUUGUUUAAAAUUAUUUUUUUAAUAAGAAAGAUCAUUGUAUUCUUGUUAUGUAAAAAAAAGAAU